GCUGCAAAGAAGGAAGGAAAACAGAGGGGAAGUAAGAAAAGAAAGAGACAUUAUGAGAUAGAAAUAUUACAAGGAGAAAGAGGGAAGAGAAGAAGUGCCUCGGUGGACCCGGUAAACAGGUAGGCGUUACGUACUGUAGCUGCUGCAAGGCAAACAACGCAAGGGCUAUCUGCUUGCAAGUCUGGUUGGCUGAUUUUUAAAAACAUGAAUAAUCGCUCCAUCGCCUGGUGGCUGAGACAGAUCGGCCUGCCCCAGUACACCAAGACACUAGAGAGCGAAUAUUAUGGUCUUGAGGGUUUGCUGAAUGUAACGGAUGGAGAGCUGAAGGAUGCAGGGAUAGAGGAUGCAACACACAGAGAAACCAUCCUCAAUCAGCUUUCAAGACACAGACAGAGACUGGACCCACAUUCUGCUUCAUAUUUAACGGACAGACAUGAGAGUGGUGUUCAAACGGAGCGCAAGGUGAGCCGGAAGUACUCCCUGGGAUCGUCUAUGGAUCUGGUGAAGCCGAAGAAGGAUCUGUUUCGUCAGAGUGUUCUGCCCCGCCUCCAGCGCGCUGAUAAAAAACAAAGCCUUUCCGCCUCCUGCUCCCAGCUCCGCCCCCUGAACGAGGACAACACUAUCAGUGAGACAGAGCGCUGCCAGGACAGCAAACGCAGCAAGAGGAGGAGUGUCAGCGCAUACCUCGGCCAGCUGAAGGUGUUUGGUGGUCGGAGAGAGAUGGACUCGUUGAAGAAGGAGCUGGAGGAGGAGCUAAAGCUCAGCACUGAGGACCUGAGGAGCCAUGCGUGGUACCAUGGAUCGCUGAGCCGAGAGACUGCAGAGUCUCUGUUUGAGAGGGACGGAGACUUCCUGGUCCGAGACUCAAGCUCUGCCCCUGGUGACUACGUUUUGAGCUGCUUUUGGAAGAACGGGCCCAUGCACUUUAAGAUCAUACGAGUGAUCCUUCGCCCCAAAAUGGGCUACUCUCGGGAGCUGUUCCAAUUUGAGGAGGAUCGCUUCGAUAAUGUUCCUGCUCUGAUCCGAUUCUAUGUGGGCGGGCGUCGGCCCAUCUCCCAGGCCUCAGGUGCUGUGAUCUUUCACCCAAUCACACGGACCCUUCCUCUGCGUGUCAUCACUGAGCGAAAUGUGGAGCCCAAAAGCAGCAGCAGCAGUAGAGGUGCAGGGGGAGAAAAACACACUGAAGCCAACAAAAGACGCAGUUUCUGCUCUGCAAACAACGACACACUGCAGGUCAUCAAUCCACUGCUAAGGAGUGGAAGUCAGCCUGCUAACUUGGAGAACGUGGGACGGAGGCCUUCACUUCAGUCUGCACAGUCCGACAGCAACCUACGUCCUGGUGUUCCACAGAACACUCAGUCAGAGGACAUUGGCCCCGCCCCCAUCUCCCCCGUGUUUCGCACAGGCAGCGAACCCCUGCUGAGCCCACGGCCGCGACACACACGCCCCUCCCAUCCAGGUGGGGGUGUAACUUUGCGAGGUUCAGAUGGACAGCUGCACCCCAGAGCUCCUCCUAAACCUCUCAGGGUCUCUACUGUCUUCCCCAACGCCAUCCCUCCACCACCCACAGACCGGGACUAUGACCCCUCCUCUUUUUACGAUGAGCUGGUCAUCCAGGUGCCACAGUCCGGGCGGAAAGGUCAUGUGGACCGACUGCGUGCAGAGGAGAAGUGGCAGAGCCGCGCCCGCCUCACAGAGACUUCCUUUGGUUUUCUGGAGGCGCAGAAGAGCGAAGCAUCAUCACAGCUGCUGUUUGACAAAGAGCUUCAGAAGAACACUGCAGAGGAAGUGGAAGACUGGCAUUUUGAAAAGCCACAGAUGGAGUUAGACUCAUGUUUCCAGUUGGAUCAGUUUGAGUCGCUACUCUUGCCAGAGAACAACCGACCUCUUGAGCCCAGUGUCCUGCUGGCACUCAAAGAGCUCUUCAACCGCUCAAACGCCGACACCACCGCUCUGCACAUGCUCAGUGUUGACUGCCAGGUAGCACGCAUCGUUGGGGUGACUGAUGAGCAGAAGAGGAUUAUGGGAGUUGAAUCAGGGCUGGAGCUUAUCACUUUGCCACAUGGACACCAGUUACGACAGGAUUUGUUAGAAAGGCAUCAUCUAAUAGCACUGGGAGUUGCAGUGGACAUCCUGGGCUGCACAGGGACUGUGAGCCAGAGGGCAACCGUUUUACAUAAAUUAAUCUUAUUGGCUCAGGCCCUGAAAGAACACGCCCACAACCUCUACUCCUUCUCAGCCGUGAUGAAGGCUCUGGAGAUGCCUCAGAUAAUGCGACUGGAGAUGAUGUGGCGAGCACUGCGGAGGAACCACACAGAGACUGCAGUUUUAUUUGAGAAGAAUCUCAAACCCUUCAUGAAGUUGCUGAACGAGGGAGACGAUUCUAUAGUUGACGGUCCUAUAGCCGUGCCACACCUGGUUCCUCUGCUGAUGGUGAUGGAGGGUGACGACCCGGUGGAGAACAGUGAGCGAGGCUGUCAGCUUCUCUACAAUGUCCUCCAAUCAGCUCGCAGUGCCGCGCUGCAUGCACAAGAUUAUAAGCAGCACGCACACUCUCUGCUCACAGCAGGAGGCUGGGAGCCAAUCCCUGAGCUGCUGGAGGCUUUCCGGACAGAGUUCGCCCUGCGGCUGUUCUGGGGUCAGUUGGGGGCAGUGGCCAACAGAAAGGAACGCUACGAGAAGUUUGACAAGAUUCUUUGUGUCCUCUCUGAUAAACUGGAACCCGUGGAAAUCACCCCACAACAGCCCGACCCUCUGACCUGAGCCUCAGGGCCUGUUUCACUAAGUGACGUGAAAGGUGAAAUCUGCACUUUCUUCACUAGAGGAAAAUAAAAAGCAGAUAUGAAAGUGAAAUGUUUUUAGUUGAGCCUCAGCGUGUUGCGGUAGCCAAGGCAGAGAUCUCUCCCCUGAGAUCACACAGAAAGUUAUUUUUGAGAUGUGAGACUGUCAAGCUUGUCAAGCGACAAUGGAUUCUUUUUCCUUUAUCAGGAAAUCUGAAAUUGUUCCAGAAAACUAGCAUCUGUUUACUUCUUCCACUGUGCAUUUCUGAUUAGAAACUGUUUUAUCAAUCCACACCACUUGUUUGAUACUUGAGAUUUUAAAAGGACCAACAUGAACAGAGUUAGUUCCCUUUGCACAUGACCUGCGGCUGUGAGGGGACCACACUGGAAAUUGUGUUUUGGAUUUCUGUGUUUUUGAUGCAAUAAAUGUUUUUGUUUAUUUUU